AUGAAUGGUUGCAAUGGGCUCAAGCGUCUCCCAUCAAGGCUUGAGAUGGAAUCCUUGGAGACUCUAAUUCUCUCUGGAUGUGAGAGUCUUGAAAGAUUCCCAGAAGUCUCCCCAUGUAUGAUUAAACUAUCACAAAUAAAUCUUUAUUCUUGUUCUAGAAUAAAGGAAUUGCCUUCAUCAAUAAGAUAUUUGUCUAGCCUAAGCCUCUUGAAUCUCACAAACUGUUGGAAGCUUAAGAGCAUACCAGACUCUAUUUGUGAGUUAAAGGAUCUUAAGUGUCUUCAUCUUCACAACUGCAAGGAACUGAAUUUUUUUCCUAAGAGGCUUGGAAGCAUGAAAAUAUUAGAAGAGCUUUUACUAGGUUUUAUGUGUGAUCCGGGAAGCCCACAAAAAUCUGUUGGUUUUAAAAUUUUGACAGGUCUGUCUUCUUUGAAAAAAUUAGACCUCAGCUGGAGACACAUUCACGAAAAAAGCUUUCCCCAAAACCUUGAUGCAUUUUCCUCCUUGGAAGAAUUAUAUUUAAGUGGCAACCAUAAAUUAGUCAAGUUACCUGCAAGCAUCUACAAUCUUUCUCGUCUUAAACGCCUAGAAUUGAAUAACUGCAGCCGACUUGAAAGUUUGUGUGCACUUCCGCCAAGCAUACAAGUAUUGAAGGCAAAUGAUUGUAUCUCCUUGAAAAAGAUUGGAGAUGUAUUAAAAGAUAGUGAAUGGUUGUAUAAGAUAUGGCUAAUUAAUUGCCAUAAACUCCUAGAAGAUGAAGAGAAUCAAAGAUACCUUGAUAAAAUGUUGCAUCUAUCUUUCAUUAAGAGUUGUGCUGCUGUAAAUCAUCGUUUAAGUAUAUCUAUUCCUGGAAGCAAGAUCCCAAGCUGGUUCAAAGAAAAAAAGGAUGGGUGCAGAAUAGGAUUAAAGUUACCUCACAAAUGGCAUAUUAAAAUCAUGGGUUUCCUGGUAUGUGGUGUGUUUUCUAAAUGGGGUUGGGGAUAUGUUUGUCCUCGCAUCAUCUUCAAACUUGUAAAUGAUGGAAAUAUUAUUCUUAAGUCAGAGGUUAACCAUAUCAAGGAAAUAGAAACAACUGAGAAUGGGGGGAAUGUAUGGAUUAGCUAUAUGCCGUUGGGUUUCUUUCAGAAAAUGUAUCAUGAUCUUCAACCUCAAGAUUGGUCUCAUAUCCAAGGUAAUCUUAAGAUGACUAUAAGCUUGACAGAUGGCACACAAUCUGUAGCAACUGGGGCACAUGUUAUCUACAAAGAAGACGUCCAACAAAUUAAAACUUCUUUCUCUGAUUACGGGAACAUGGUGCACGUUGAUGAUGAGGAUCUUGGAUAUGAUGAACUUAUCUCUGGCAACACUUACGUGUAUGAAGAUAAGUUUGAUGAAGAGGCCUUGAUGCCUUUAAGAAGUAGAACCUCAACAAGGCGUAACAAGAGGAACCUACAUUGUGUCAUCACCUUAUCUGGACCUCGUUGAAAUAUCUUUUGUAUAGGGAAAAAUUGAGAUAACUUUAAGGCUAUGUUUGACGUACUAGCUGAAAAGUUAGCUGUUAGCUGAAAAGCUAGUUGAUAGCUGAAAAGCUAGCUGUUAAAUAAAAAGCUAGCUGAUAGCUGAAAAGCUAGCUGAUAAAAAAUUAGAGGUGGC